AGAGACAAGACUACAGAGUAUUCAGGAAUACAGACACAAGUCGCAAGAAACACCACAAAGCAGAGAGAGAAGAGAAACCUCCCAAAGAUUGUUAGCUAUGGCCCCCAAACGCAAUAGUCAGGCUACAUCGGCGGAGAUCUCACUAACCCACCUCAAAACCUGCCUGGUCAACUUGCCAGCUUCCUUGGUCCCACUGCUUGUCAGCGUGAACAUUGUGAGUCUGCCUCUUCCUCGAACCUGCCAAAAACAAUACUAACUCUGUACUAUGUAGCCAAUUCAAAAUGUAGUUGUAGAGCUCAAUUACCGUAUACCGCUUCCUCCGGGGACCAGCCAAACAAAUGGGGCCCCGAACAAUCGAUCCAUAUUCGUGGGAUGGACGGGCAUGCAAAGCAAGCGUAAACUCGCGCCAAUCGUAAACAGAGACGGAAUAUCCGGGACAAGAGGCAAUACAAAUCGGGAGCAAGAUGUAUCUCUGGUAGAAAUCGAUGCGACCUUUGCGCGUACUUUGGGUUUGGCGGAUGGGCAGAAAAUAACGGCAACCUUACACAUGGAUCCGCUAGUUGCCCAUACUGUCAACAUUGAACCUUUGACCGCAGAUGAUUGGGAGAUUAUAGAAUUACAUGCCAAUUUUUUGGAGUUCAAUUUUAUCCACCAAGUGCGGGCUCUACCUAACCCAAGCUAUGCAUCUUCUGGGUCGACAUCAGCACCUCACCCACUUACCCUGCAUCUCUCCCCGACUUCGACUGCCAAUAUAAUCGUCACUUCCUUGAUACCCGUGCUCUCUCCAAACUCGCCAUUUGCGAAGCUCUCUCCCGAUGCUGAAGUAAUUGUUGCACCAAAAACAAGAUCACGGCCAACGGCUUCCUAUGGAGAGAACCGUAGUGUUACCUCUAGGAAAAGUGCUGGCGGAAGAAGUACGGGAGGAAGGAGUGGUACUAGCACGGUUCGAAGACGAAGUGGGCAAGAAGAAAAAAGGCCUGCUAUGUUCUUCAGAGGUCUCGGCCGAAGUGCGUGUGAGGAUUUAUUUGACGAAGGCAGUGACUCACAGGAUGAUGGUCUUAAGGUCUGGGUGGAUCGAGAUGUGCUAUUCUCAAAAGCACUGAAGGGAAUCACUUGGGCAUGUGUCACUUUGGUCAAGCCCCCCAGCUUACAGAAUCCUGUUGACCCUCAAAAAUUACAGCAAGAGCUGGAGACUAUGCGAGAUGUCGGCAAGCUAGCCUCCAAAGUAGUUGCCCGCUUAUUGCCAUGGGAUGACCCACCGGACAGCCAGCAUGCUGCGUUGUCUUCUUCGCUAUCCGCAGCCAUGUCUCGUGAGGGCUUCGUUGGCGGAGUUGUGAAGCUUGAGGCUGCACCCACCCAGAUCGAGAGGAUAGAAAGGAAUGGUUCUCAGGUUAUUAAGAUAUAUCCCUUCGCAACGGGCAAGGGAAAAGUUUCCGAGGGAUUGAAAUUUGGCGGCGAGACUAAUGCGGAGCGAGAAGAGUCCUCAAAGCGUCUAUUUAAGAUGUACGGAGGGCAAGAUGACUGCGAUGGUAUUUUUGAUGGGCCGUUAACAAAUGGCGUUGUUCUUGGAACGCCAAAUAUGCCCACAGCUGGGUGGGAAGGCGGCAUCCUUCGAUUUGAUCACCGGACCCCCGAAUCUUCCAGUAAGACUUGUCACUGGUUCUUGGGCUCUGAGCGAAAAAUCAGUAUUGAGGUUCAACCUCCAAUACCAAAACCAUUAUCUGUCUCCAGCAGUGCAAUCGGAGAUCCUCUUGCACCAAUUGCACCUAUUCUUGUGGGUAUCGAUAAUCUCAUUGAAAAGCUGCAAUCACACCUUUCACAUAUGUCAUCAGUCUUGCUUACUGGUGCUCUUGGGUCUGGGAAAAGCUCUGUAGCACACCUUCUUGCCCACAAGCUUCGCUCUGAAUCGCUGUUCCACACUACCUAUUUUUCGUGCCGGAAGUUAGUCAACCACGAAACCCAGGUAUCAGCCAUCAAGGAAACAUUCACAAGAUUGUUUAUGGAUGCAUGCUGGGGUGCUAGACUGGGUGGAAAAUCCAUCGUGGUUCUAGAUGACCUUGAUAAGCUGUGUCCUGCUGAGACUGAGCUUGAAGUGGGCAAUGACAAUGGCCGCAGUCGACAAAUCAGUGAGGGCAUAUGCAGUGUUGUCAAACAAUUCUGCGGAAGAGACAGCAAUAUUGUUCUGCUGGCGACCGCACAGGCUAAAGAGUCUUUGCAUAAUGUCAUUGUUGGGGGUCAUGUUGUCCGUGAGAUUAUCGGACUCAAAGCCCCAAACAAAGAGGCACGAAGGAGGGUCGUGGAAUUAGUUGUUAGGCAAAAUGCUUCUGAUCCAAAUCCACACGAAGAGAGAGCAAAUACCGAUAGCAGAUCUAAUACCGAUAGUAGAGCAAAUACUGAUAGCCGGCCAACAACAGCCGAUGGUAGUGUUGCUGAAGGAGAAGAUACAUGGAUGGAUGGAGGAAGUGUUGCAGGUCGGGCUACUUCGAAUGAGAAGCCAGACGGACUUAUGAUAUCUCCUGACCUCGAUUUCCUUGACCUAUCUGGGGAGACAGAUGGCUAUAUGCCUGGCGAUUUGGUUCUACUUGUUUCUCGCGCUCGAAGCGAAGCCUUAAUACGCUCUGUGUCUGACUCACCAAACAAUAUUGAAUCGGCCACCAUCUAUCUUACCCGGGCCGAUUUCGACAGUGCUCUGAAAGGGUUUACUCCUGCGUCUCUUCGAAAUGUAACUUUACAGACGAGCACAACCACUUUUGCAUCAAUUGGAGGAUUACACGAGACUCGUAAAGUCCUUCUCGAAACGCUUCAAUACCCAACGACAUACGCUCCAAUAUUUGCGCAAUGCCCGUUGCGUUUACGGUCUGGUUUGCUUCUCUAUGGGUACCCUGGAUGUGGGAAAACAAUGUUGGCUUCUGCAGUAGCCGGAGAAUGCGGAUUAAAUUUCAUCUCUGUGAAAGGGCCCGAGAUCUUGAACAAAUACAUUGGAGCUUCAGAAAAGUCAGUUCGCGAUCUUUUCGAGAGAGCAGAAGCUGCAAGGCCUUGUGUGCUUUUUUUCGAUGAGUUCGACUCUAUUGCGCCAAAGAGAGGUCACGAUUCCACAGGUGUCACCGACCGCGUUGUCAAUCAGUUGCUAACCCAGAUGGACGGUGCUGAAGGACUGUCUGGCGUGUACGUCCUCGCUGCAACAUCAAGACCUGACUUGAUUGAUCCAGCAUUGCUACGUCCUGGGCGACUCGAUAAAAGUCUUAUAUGUGAUCUUCCAGACCUCGAUGAUCGAAUUGAUAUUCUAAAAGCACUCGGCAAAAAGCUGAAACUUAGCGAGGAGGUCAUCGAAGCUCUACCUGAUAUUGCAAACCGAUGCGAAGGCUACAGUGGAGCUGAUUUGCAAGCCUUGAUAUACAAUGCUCAUCUAGAAGCAAUUCACGAUGUUCUUGGUGACCAAGACCACACAGAGGUUGGCACCAAGAAAACAAACGGGACAAAUGGGACGACAUCAGCGGCUAGAAAUUUCAUCCAAUUCCGGUAUGGUCAAUCUGAAGACCUAGCCGAGUCUGAAGCGCGCUCCAGGGGUGGUCACAACAAAAGUGAACUCCUUGCCGAAAGAGCAGCCAUAUCCUCGAAAUUGGCAGAAAUCAAGGCGGCUAAGAAGCGAGCCAAAGCUGCCCAACGAGGGAUCGUUAGUAUUGAGAAGGCUCCAAAGGUGGAGAAGGAACAAGAAGAGGUUAUCAUUGCGUGGCGACAUGUCGAGAAGAGUUUAGGUAGUACGAGAGCUAGUAUUAGUGCUCAGGAUCGUGUUCGGUUACAGGCGAUUUAUAGGGAGUUUGUGGUUGGGAGAAGUGGUGAUAUGAAGAAUGGGGAGGGGGCUAGGGAUGUAGGGGGACGAACGAGUUUGAUGUGA